AUGACUCGCCGAUUCCGAAUAGUCCUUGCUUUGUGUCUUGCGGCUACAUCCAUUUGGUACUUGACAGCAGGGGCUACAGCUCCCAAUUACCGUGCUUACUUGACAGAUCAGUUGACAGGAGCACACUCGCGAAACACGACGGAGCAUAUUGAAUUCUGGCGCCAAUUCCAAUCACUUUUGGAGACGCAUAAACCAACAUGCAACUCCCCCAAACGACUUGGAAAUGCAGAAGCUACCGGCUUCAAGUCCUCGGGUGCAGGCCCUCGUCCUGACUUGCUGAAAAUGACGACCCGCGAUGUUCGGGCGAUGAAGAAGGCACACGGAGACUUCGUCGAAGCUAUUGAACUCGGUCCACCCGCUCUUCCCUAUAUACCUGGAACCAGAGGUUUGGUCACUACCGCAGGCGGCCCUUAUCUCCCGGUUUUGGUGAUAUCCUUGCGCAUGCUGCGUCGGACGGGCUCAAAACUGCCGAUGGAGGUCUUCUUGGCCACGCCAGACGAGUACGAGGAAUUCAUCUGCGACCAAGUACUACCUUCACUGAACGCACAGUGUGUUGUACUAUCCGACAUCAUGAAGGCAGUGCCGGGUACGACCGAGAUUGAAAAAUAUCAGUUGAAGCCAUUCGCGAUGCUUUUUUCUUCGUUUGAAGAAAUUCUGUUUUUGGACGCGGACGCAUUCCCAAUCGCCAAGCCCGAGAUACUAUUUGAGCAGGAGCCAUUCCGAAGCACCAAAUUACUUACCUGGCCAGACUUCUGGGCAUCUUCUGCUUCUCCAUUCUAUUACCAGAUUGCCUCGCAGAGCGUCCCAGCAAUGGAAUCCCGACAAUCGACUGAGUCCGGCGAGGUGCUUAUCUCGAAAAGAACACACCUUAAAACACUCCUUCUCUGCACCUACUACAACUUUUGGGGCCCGACGCACUACUACCGUCUCCUCUCUCAAGGAGCGGCUGGCGAAGGGGACAAAGAAACCUUCAUCAACGCCGCCAUGGCGGUUAACGAGCCAUUUUACCAAGUCAGUGAACCUAUUUGCGCAAUGGGUCACAGAACAGAAGGCGGUCUUGCCGGAUCUGCAAUGCUACAGUUUGAUCCGAUUGAGGAUUAUCGCCUGGCUCAGAAGGGAGAAGGGCGCGCCAAAGGGUCAUCGACCGCUGCUCCUCGGGCUUUCUUCAUUCAUGCCAACUUUCCCAAAUUCAAUCCCGCGACCGUCUUUUCAAAGCAAGCCGUCAACCCGGCGUUCAACGACGACGGAACAUAUACCCGUGCUUGGACGAUACCUGAGGAUAAGAUCAAAGCUUUUGGGUCUGAUGUUGAAAAACAGUUCUGGGCGGAGAUCCUUUGGACGGGCUGUGAGCUGGAAAACAAAUUUGGAAGCUGGGAGAACAGGACAGAUAUAUGCAGAGGAGUAACUAAGUAUUGGACUGCUCUAUUUGGAUCAACGGAUCCAGCUCGAGUGUAA